AUAAAAGUAAAAUAAUAAUAUAUGAUUAAAAGAUUCGCAACUUUAUUAAAUAAAAACCAAAAUCUAACUCCAUAAUUCUUAUUCAGAACUUCCUCGAAUUACCAAAACAAGAAAUUAAGUACAGGUGAAGCAUCCGUAGUCUUAGCUGAAAAGAUAAAAGGAAUAGCUUAAUAAAACGAUAUAACCGAAUAUGGUACAGUUAUUUCAAUAGGUGAUGGUAUUGCAAGAGUAUUUGGGCUUACAAAAGUUUAAGCAGGUGAGAUGGUUGAAUUCAAAAGUGGUGUAAGAGGUAUGGCUUUGAACUUAGAAACAGAUAAUGUUGGUAUAGUCGUAUUAGGUAACGAUAGAGAAAUAAAAGAAGGCGAUGUAGUAAAAAGAACAGGAGCAAUUGUAGAUGUACCAAUAGGAGAAGCCAUGUGUGGUAGAGUAUUAGAUGCAUUAGGUAAUCCCAUUGAUGGUGCUGGUCCCAUAAAAGGUAGUGAAAGAGCUAGAGUAGAAGUAAAAGCUCCAGGUAUUAUUCCCAGAUAAUCUGUAAAUGAACCCAUGUAAACUGGUAUAAAAUGUGUCGACUCUCUUGUACCUAUUGGAAGAGGUUAAAGAGAACUUAUAAUUGGAGACAGACAAACUGGAAAAACUGCAGUUGCUAUUGAUACUAUUUUGAAUUAAAAAGAAGCCUUUAAUACCGGAGAUAUUAAUAAAUAAUUAUAUUGCAUUUAUGUAGCUAUAGGUUAAAAACGUUCUACUGUAGCAAAUUUGGUAGGAACUUUAAAAUAACAUGAUUGUAUGAAAUUUACUAUUGUUAUUUGUGCUACAGCUUCUGAUGCAGCUCCUUUAUAAUUUUUAGCUCCUUACUCAGGUUGUGCUAUUGGUGAAUAUUUCAGAGAUAAUGGAAAGCAUGCUCUUAUUAUAUAUGAUGAUUUAUCUAAAUAGGCUGUUGCUUAUAGAUAAAUGUCUCUUCUUUUAAGAAGACCUCCUGGUAGAGAAGCUUAUCCUGGUGAUGUAUUUUAUUUACAUUCACGUUUACUUGAAAGAGCCGCUAAAAUGAAUAAAACUCACGGAGCUGGUUCUCUUACUGCUUUACCAGUCAUUGAAACCUAAGCUGGUGAUGUAUCUGCUUAUAUACCUACUAAUGUCAUCUCUAUUACUGAUGGUUAAAUCUUUUUAGAAACUGAACUUUUCUAUAAAGGUAUUAGACCAGCUAUUAAUGUAGGUCUUUCUGUAUCUAGAGUAGGAUCUGCAGCUUAGAUUAAAGCUAUGAAGAAAGUUGCUGGGUCUUUGAAAAACAGACUUGCAUAAUAUAGAGAAUUAGCUGCUUUUGCAUAAUUUGGUUCUGAUUUAGAUGCUCAUACAUAAUCUGAAUUAAAUAGAGGUGAGAAAUUAACUGAAUUAUUAAAAUAGAAAUAAUAUUAACCAAUGAAAGCUGAAGAAUAAGUAUGUGUUAUUUUUGCAGGCGUAAAUGGUUAUUUGGAUAAUCUUUAAACUUAUGAAAUUCGUAAUUUUGAAAGUAAAUUUUUGGAACAUAUUAGAAGUAAUCAUGCCUCCCUUUUAUAAAGAAUUAGAGAAACUGGAGACUUGAAAGAUAAUGAUGUUAAUGAACUUAAAACUGCUAUACCACUUUUCAUUUAAGAAGGUGGAUUUAAAACAAAAAAUAUUUGAGCAAUAUUUAUUUGAAAUAAAUAACAUUACCUAAAGGAAAAAUUCAAAUAUUUUUCUCUUAAUUUAGAAAAACUAUUUCUUUGAUUUUUUAUAUUUUUUUUUUUUAAUGUUUUUUUUUUUGUUAUAUAAAUAAAAAAAGUAAAUCAUAAAUAAGAAAUUUAAUAGUAUAAUA